GAGAGAGAGAGAGAGAUACAGAGAGAGAGAGAGGGAGAGGUAGAGAAAGGGAAUAGUUUGCUUCUAGAUCAGUUCAUGAAAAGAGCUGCAAAAUAUUGGAGAAGAACAAACUUUGUUCUGUGCCCCAAAUCAGAAGUGGGCGUGUCUUGAGAACCAUGGGUCCACCCCUCACGACGGUACUCGCUCUCGCUGUGGUGAUGGCGACCCCAUUGGCUGGUGAAGAGAACGAGGCUGGACUUGACUACGCCCAUUGGAAUUACAGGGAGGGAGCGGACAGAGUGAAUGUCGGGGCGCUGAAGAGCUUGACCAGGAUCCUGGACAAAUGGGGUAACAACAUCUUCUCUGAAAUUAAGAACAUUCUUCACAACCAACCAAACUCUGUGCUCCCAGACUACUCCAGGGUGCGCCCUCUCGCCGAGACGCUGGGCGACCUGUUCAAAGAAGUGGGGUCCCUGCAGAGGAGGAUCGGGGAGCUGAAUGAGAGACUCGGGGGGCUGGAUCGCCACUGCAAGAAGUACGGCUACGGAGAGGUCAAAGGUGGAGCCCAGGUGACGCAAGCCCUGAGGGGGUCAAAGGUCAUGACCUACGUGCGGAGGAGGCGGCCCGCACCCCCGCUGAGCAGGAGAAAAAUUCUGAUCCGCAGGAGAAAGAAACCAAACCCACACCAGAACUAGAGGAAUC